GAUGCCAAAAGCAGCAUCUAGACGCGACUGCUAAAAAUAUCUCUGCGAGCAACAAUGUCGGUAACUUUGCACACGAAUCUGGGUGAUAUCAAGUGCGAAAUCUUCUGUGACGAGGUUCCCAAGAGUGCCGAGAACUUUUUGGCGUUAUGUGCUAGCGGCUACUACGAUGGUACUAUCUUUCAUAGAAAUAUCAAAGGGUUCAUGAUUCAAGGAGGAGACCCCAAGGGGACCGGGAAAGGAGGAACUAGCAUCUGGGGCAAGAAAUUCAAUGAUGAGAUCCGAGAGUCCCUUAAGCACAAUGCAAGAGGGAUGUUGUCAAUGGCAAACAGUGGUCCAAACACCAACGGAAGCCAGUUCUUCAUAACCUACGCAAAGCAACCACAUCUCAAUGGAUUAUACACCAUCUUUGGCAAAGUCAUUCAUGGCUUUGAAGUUCUUGACAUUAUGGAAAAGACUCAAACAGGAGCAGGAGAUAGGCCGCUUGCUGAAAUAAGGCUAAACCGUGUAACGAUCCACGCCAAUCCACUUGCUGGUUAAGUCAAAUGUGGCAGAACCGAACCAAGCCCAAUUGUUGUUCUUUUCAUUUGUUUCACACUGAGAAACUCUGACUAAAACCACUGUUUCACCUAAUUAAAAAAGUUUGUACUGGAUGAUUUACUAAUUUCUGUCCUUUGAAAGGGGUUUUGUGUUAUUUAAACAAAGUUUUUUUUCCCCAA